AUGAAGCUAGCCGUGUUCAGCGCGAAAUCCUACGAUCGCAUAUACCUAGAAGAGGUACGGGCCGCUCAAUUCGCAGAGCGGUGUAACAUAGAGUAUCACGCAUUUGCGCUAUCCGAAGAAACCGUCCCUCUAGCACACGACUGCGAUGCCGUCUGCGUCUUUGUCAACGACACGCUGGACGGACGUGUUCUCCGUGCCCUCCAUUCAAACGGCGUUCGAGCCAUUCUCCUCCGUUGCGCAGGUUACAAUCACGUCGAUCUAGCGACUGCCGAAGAACUAGGCCUCUUCGUCGCGAAUGUACCUGCCUAUUCACCCGAAGCGGUAGCCGAGUUUGCGAUCGCGUUAGUCCAAACCUUGAAUCGCAAGACGCAUCGCGCCUAUAACCGCGUCCGGGAAGGAAACUUCAAUAUCGAAGGUCUCCUCGGAACGACAUUACAUGGUCAGACAGUUGGGAUCGUGGGCGUUGGACGAAUCGGGCUUGCAACAGCUCGGAUCUUCCAUGGAUUUGGCUGUCGUCUUUUAGCCUAUGAUCCUUUUGCUGGAGACGAGUUCCGACAAUACGGCACGCUAGUAGACCUGGAUACCUUGUUACAGGAGAGCCACAUAGUGAGUUUGCAUUGUCCUUUGACAGAGGGCACCCGUCAUCUCAUCAAUGAAACCACUCUACGAAAAAUGCGACCCGGGGCGAUGUUAGUCAACACGUCUCGCGGAGGAUUAAUUGAUACGUCUUCCGUGAUUCAUGCACUGAAGACACGGCACUUGGGUGGGAUCGCGAUGGAUGUCUAUGAAGCCGAGGGAGAGUUAUUCUACAAUGAUCACUCUGGAGAGAUUAUUGAUGAUGAUGUUUUGAUGCGUCUGAUGACCUUCCCCAAUGUUCUGAUAUGUGGACACCAGGGCUUCUUCACGCGCGAGGCACUGACGGAAAUUGCUGGUGUUACUUUGUCGAAUUUAUCGGCUUUCAUGGAUGGUGUUUCUUGUCCAAACUCUCUAGUUACCGAGGGCCAUAUCUUGGUUCGCAAGGAUACAGCUCCCGUGCGGUUGUAA